AAGAAGAGUAGAAGUUUACCUCGACACUGCUGAUUCCAGGUCCAUCAAGAUGUCUGAAGCAAGGUACUCUUUCCUCAAUCUCGAAGGUCUGCAUGUCUUCAUCACCGGAGCUGGCGGCGGUAUUGCAACUGCUGCUGUAAAGGAGUUUCUUGCUCUGGGGUGUCGUGUAACAGGCUUUGACAGGAGGGCUAUUGACAAUUCGAAGCUAUGUUCUACUCCAGAGGAAGUGUCUAGGUUUUACGGUGUGCAAGGCGACCUGACUUCUGAGGAAUCUGUUGCCGAAGCAUUUCAAUCUGCACUCGAUCACUUCGGCCCUGUCAACAUUCUCGUUGCCAAUGCAGGAAUCACUGAUGAAAGCGGCCAUCCCCCUAUCUGGGAGAUUGACACCGAGCUCUGGGACCGGGUGAACACGAAUAAUGUGCGAGGCACGUUCCUCACCGUGAAGCACUUUUUACUCUCUGUGAAAAGGAGCCAAGAAGCCCAAGGAGGCGAGCUCGACAAUGUCGCCAUCGUUAUUACCGGCUCAGAAACGGGAAAAUUUGGCCAGGAAGGGCAUUCUGAGUAUGCAUCUGGGAAAGCUGGCCUGCAGUAUGGUCUGGUCCGGACCGUCAAGAACGAAAUUGUCCGAUUGAAUUCAAAGGCUCGAAUCAACGCCGUCGCCCCUGGCUGGGUAAAUACUCCUCUCAUUGGAGACCGCUUGGAUGAUCCGAAGGAGAUGUGGGCUGAAUGCCAGGCCACGGUUGCUUUGAAGAAAAUCUCCCAGCCUGAAGAUGUCGCACGAGCAAUGGCAUUCUUGGCUAGCCAUCGCGCCGCUGGUAACAUCUCGGGAGAGUGCGUUUCUGUUGACGGCGGUAUGGAAGGAAGAAUCAUCUGGCGACAGGAUCAGAUACUGGGCUCAGGCACAAAGCCUGGCAGCACUGAUACUGUGAUCCGGAGCAGACCGGUUCCCGCAUCACUGAGUCCUCCCAAGAGGAAGCGACGCUUACGGAUCUGCUUGUCUGUUGAUUUCGACGCCAUCUCUGGCUACUUGGGAACUGGGCAUGACCCUAAUAACACUCUUGCGGACUAUUCCGCGGGCAUAUUCAGCGCUAAUGUCGGCGUUGGCAGAUUGCUGGGGUUGUUCAAGAAACACGGCAUAUCCGACAAGCUCACUUGGUUCGUGCCAGGUCACAGUUUGGAGACCUUUCCGGCUCAAGCACAGCAGAUUCUGCAGAGCGGCGCAGAACUUGGACUGCACGGAUACAGCCACGAAGGAGCAUAUGCCAUGACGGUUGAGCAAGAGAAAGAUGUUCUUCAAAAGUGUAUCGAAAUCAUCACAAGGUUGAAGGGUGGGAAACGACCAGUGGGAUACCGUGCGCCAUUAUACCAGAUACGCGAGACUACUGUGCGGUUGCUCCAGGACCACGACUUUUUGUACGACAGCAGUAUGAACGCACAUGACGCCCUACCUUAUUUCUUGCCUAAGCCUUUUCCCGAAGAGCCACCGCAUGUGCCUGAUUACAACAAAGAGGCAAAAAGCUGGAUGGUACCGACACCUAUACCCGAGCAGCCAGAAGCAGGAUCCGCGGAAGCUGACAAGGCUCUGGUGGAAAUUCCCGGAAGUUGGUACACGGAGGACAUGACACCACUCGGAUUCUAUCCCUACGCGGCCAACACGCAAGGUUAUAUUAGUGUCGAUGUUGUCGAGAAGAUGUGGCUCGAUCGAUUCAACUGGAUCUGGGAGAAUGAGAGCUGGUUGGAUGAGGGUCCUGGAAAGGGCUAUGGAUCUGUCUACCCUAUGAUCUGGCACCCGGAGUCAGCUGGACGUGCACACAUUGUGGGCAUGAUUGAUCGAUUUGUCUCGAAACUGGUCUCGCGCAUGAACGCAGCAGAGGAAGGCGAAAUCACAUUUGAGACGAUGGAGAGUGUAGCUCGAAGCUGGAAGCAACGUUGAGGAGAAGUGACUAGUCGAGAUUACCUCAGCCGUGAGCUCAUCAAUUGUGGCGGCUUCGGAGGCGCAAAUGAUGUGAGAAAGCGGUAAAGGGGUCAAAAGUGUUUGCGCCUGGGCCCGGGCUGCUUAAGAGCUUAGGUACUCACCACCAAGGACGGGCCCAAUAGGCGGACGUAUUAGAGCCCACAGGCUGCUCUACGGCCGAGGACUGGCGGUGAUAGGUGACGAUGGGGGUGAAAUGGACAGGGAUGGAUGUUCUUGAUGUGUAGUUGCAGGCUGAUUAAGCGAUGCGCUCAGACCCGGUGGGAUGCUGAGUGGAUGGCGGGGUCUGGAUCUCGGUGCCAAUGAUGG